AUGAGGGAGGAAUUUGGUGCAAAGGAAAUCAUAUCGCAGUGCCCUUUACCAUUAGAUUGCGAUUCUCUUAGCAUUACGAGUGAAACAACUAGUUUACAUUCAUGGCAUCGUCGUGUUCUCGCUGAGACACAUACUGUCAUUGUGCAUCCUUCUGACAGCUUAAGCACCAGAGCUGGACCUUGUCUGAAGGAUCUUCCAUGUUUACAAAACUAUAUACGACUAAACACAUACCGUGAACCAAAUGGGUCGUCUUGUGGUCUUGGGAUCUUACCAUCAUCCAGCAUUGCGUCAACACCUACCACAACAUCGCCUAUUGGACCUCCUCCCGACCAUCCUCCACCACCCCUACCACUUCCGGAUUCUUCACGAUAUAAACGUAAUGAUCUACGUUCUCCUCCGCCACUUCCUCCCAGAGCUUCAUUUCGACCUUUGGAAGCUAGCAUUAGUCUUCGGUCAAGCACGCCAAGAGACGGAGACAGGGUAUCAAACGAAUCCGUAGUGUCAACGCUUCGUGAUGCCAUAAUUCGAAACGGUAGACAAGGACAUAAAAAAACAAACUCGUUGGACAGAGGUUUAACCUUAGCUAAAUCGAUGAAGGCUGGACCGUUUCCUCCGCCCUCGAACAAAUCAAAUUCGUUGACGCGUCAAGAGCCAGAUGAUGAUGAAGAAGAGUGUGCCAGAAAUACUGCAGCUGAGGGUGUAAUUCUUCAAAUUACAACCAAGGUUAUCGGUGACCAGUCGAUCACAGUACGUUCACAUUUUCACCAAAUCGAUAUUGUUCUCGGUCGCAUUUAA